AUGAUAGCAUCAGCGGAUCACAAGAGCGUGGCAUAUUCUCAGGAGUCAACGCAUAAAGGUGCUGGAGGCAAGACUGGCUCAACAAGGUACAAUAGUGCUGUCAAGUCACCACAUGCGACUGUGCACGUGACAAACGAGCGAGUGAACCACGAUACCCAAUACUACAGCCACCCAGCCCAGCCAGCCUACAUUCACUCCGCUCCAACGGAGGCCAAGACCUACGCUAGCUCCAGCUACCACAACUACGAAGCACCAGUCACUUCCAAACCUUAUUCCGCACCAACUUACUACACAUAUCCCAAGCCUUCUCCAGUCAAGGAAUACUCCGCACCUGCCUAUUACACUUAUGUCGACGCUGCUCCAAUGAAGUCUUAUGCUGCACCCGUUCAUCACAGCUAUGUCCAGUCUACACCAGUCAAAUCCUAUUCAGGUCCAUCCAAGGCAGCUCCAGUCAAGGCUUACUCAACAUCGGCUUAUCACAGUCAUGCCGAAGUUGCCCCAAUGAAGUUUUACGCACCAUCGGCUUAUCACACCUAUGAUGAGGCCGCCGAGGCUCCUGCUGCAGGUGCCUACCACAGCUACUCCGAGACGCCAGCUGUUCCCAAGACUUAUGAAGCCCAAGCUUAUCGUGGUUAUGCUGAAGUUGCUCCUGCCAAGACUUACGAGGCACAGGCUUAUCACAGUUAUGCCGAGAGUGCUCCGGCUAAGAAGUAUGAAGCACAAGCUUAUCACGGUUAUGCCGAAACCACACCGGCCACCAAAACAUAUGCUGCAGCUCCAGCAAAGCCAUACUCUGCACCUGCUUACGAAUACGCUGGACAUGGAGUCUCUCAUGCUAGCUUCAAAGGGCUUGGUGCUCAUUACUCUUGGUAA